AUGGCCGCCGUAGCACCGCCACUGCCAUCGACUGAACCUCCCCACAACGAAGCCAAAAACCGCCCGACCACGACACCCAUCUCUCAAAACCCUUUCACCGAUACCCAAUUCAACAAAGACCCUUGUUAUAAACCCUCAACCAAAGUCGUGAACUUGGACCUCCCAAUCGAUGACCCGGAGAAAGAAAGUUUCAGAACUUGGCAUGGAAACAAAGUUUUCGUUACUGGGUUUAUGUUGUUUUUCCCAAACCAUUUAACUUUUUUGGGGAAGCCUGGGUUCUAUAUCGAGGAUCUAUUUGUGAACGAGAGUUAUAGAAGAAAAGGGUUUGGGACUUUGGCGAAAUAG